AACGAAAUUAUAAUUAUUUGUGAAUUUAAUAAAUUUGAGGCUUAAUAAUAUUUUUUACCUUUGUAGAUCUCUCAAGAAUCAAAUGGACAUUAAAUUACGUUUAUUAAAUAAAUUGGAAGGUACUGUAAAUAAAGCUACUGUAACUCAAAAGGAUUGGAGAGAACAAGCUAAAAGAAACCAGGGAGAACUUGAAGCUGCAAGGAGCUUACGGAUCAGUUAUCAAUCAUGCGUGAACAAAUAGAUGAACUCAAAACUGCUAAUUCCCGUGCCGAAGAAGCUGAAAGCAAGCUAAGAGAAUCUGAACGUCGUGCAAGAACAAUUGAAUCUAAAAUGAAAGAGGAAGAAAGGAAAUGGACAGGACGAAUGAAAGAUUCAGAAUAUCGAGAAAAACAAUCUGAAGAGAGACUUAAAGUUGAAAAACAAGGCGCUAAAGAAAAAGUUGAAUCAUUAAUCGAUAAUAUCAAGGAUCUUGAGACUCAAAUACAAGCGCUCAAUAGAAGAAAUAAUCAAUUACAAGAAUUGAUUUCUAUUCAAAAAGCUUCUAUGGAGGUAAAUAAUGAGUCUAAGGCAAUAGCGGCAAAAGCGGAGCAUACAUUUUCAAUGCUUAAUGAACAACUCCGCGAGCAAUUGGAGGAAAAAAAUAAAACAAUCGAAACGGAGAGGAAAAAAUUCAAAGAAUUACAAGAUCAGUUCCUCGGUAUAAUGGAAGAGCAUAAACGUUUACAGGCUCAAAUCGAAAAGCGAGAAGCAAUGCUUACUAAAGUUCUUAAUGGAUUACAGAUAAUUAAUCAGCGUAAGGAUGUGAUUGAAAGUGCUGUUUUGCGUAAAGAUCUUGAAGAAAUGCAGAACAGUUUAAUAUUAGAUGGAAAACGAACUGCAUAUCAGCGACCAGCCUUUAUUAAUCCGCCAUGGAAACCUGGUGGUAUUAAUACUAAUACUAUUGCAAAUACAAAUGCUAAAAAGCCAAAAGAAAAAACAUCACUCAGGGCUUCAACGGCUUCUUCAAUUCCAUCAGCUCCUACAACUUCAACUUCAACUUCAACUUCAACUUCAACUUCAAAAUUAAGGAAUUCAACAAUUAAAUCACAAAUUCCAACAAGGAGUGAAAGGAGUAAUUCUCAUAGUACAAAUAAUAGUGAAAGCGGUACGCAACUACCAAAACAAAACAAGGAAACAAAAUAAAAGCCAAAAAAAAUAAAAAUAUAUAUAUAUAUAUUAUAGACAGUAUAUCUUUGUCAAUAAUUAAACAUAUUUGUUGGGACAUUUUAAUCAAUUCAAAAGAAAAAAUUACAUUUAAACAUUUAAUUAUAUUCUUCUAACUGAAUCAUUUUAAUAGAAAAUGAUCAUUCUGUUACUAUUACUAUUAUUUAAUUUUUUUUGUAACAUAGUUUUUAACAUUUUUAACAUUUAAUAUUUUUUUUCCAACAAUCAAAAAAGAAACAUAUAUAACAUAUAUUUAAUUUUUAUAUUGUAGAUAUAAUAAAGGAUAUUUUUAUCAAGAAAGUUGAAAUAAAAAUCAU